AUGACCAACGAUAUCGAUUUGAAUGGAAAGCCUACGGUAUCACAGGCUGCAAGCGCUGUUGAUGGAGGACUGUAUGAUGUGAACUUUUGCUUCCUAGUACCAAAAUCUAUAGAGAGCGAACGCCUCGCCUUAACACCCUUCAUCCCGUCGCAACACGCCGAAUUGUUCAUGUCACAAGCACUUCUAUAUCCAGAAGUCUUCUCCUUCCUCCCAUUCGGCCCCUUUGCCGACACUCACGACUUUAUGACCAACCUCAUCCAAGCGCGCGUCGAGAAAGACCCAGGUUACAUUCUCUUCACGAUCUACGACAAGACGCGUCCGACACUCGCCAAAGAGUGGCCCGGCGCAAUUGCAGGCAUAAUCGGGCUCAUAAACUCCUCCGCGCAGAACCUUCAGACGGAGAUCGGAUGUGUGAUUAUCCUCCCACCCUUCCAGCGCACGCACGUAGCGUCGAACGCCGUCGGGCUAUUGUUGCACUAUUGCCUGGACCUGCCAGACCCGGCCUCAACUCUCGUCGAUAAGCCAGUGACAAUUGUGGACGGCGCACCGCUGGGCUUGAGACGUGUUUGUUGGCAGGCGAAUGCUAGGAAUAUGGAGAGCAUCCGGCUUGCGGAGCGUAUGGGGUUCCGGAUGGAGGCGAUUUUGCACUGGGAUCGCGUCCUUCCUCCAGGGAAACAGGGAAACAGAUCUGCGCUCAGGGAAGGAGAGGCUAGGGAAGGUUGUCCCGGACGCGACACCGCACUGCUAAGCCUAUGCUGGGAUGAUUGGGAGCAUGAGAGGGCGAAGGUGGAUGCAAUUAUUAGAAGGAUUAAGUAA